CCCCAGGAGCCCAGGUUCCCCGCUCGGGCGGAGAGCAGCCGGCAGCAGCGCAGACGCCGCUGGUCCGCACCGAGGAGAACCUGCGCGCAGACCUGGAGCGCGCCGGCGGGCGGCGUGGAGGAGGCGGCAGUAUUGGCGACCCGCAGGCGGCAGGCGCACCGCGAUGUUUGACAGCUCGCAGUAUCCCUACAAUUGUUUCAAUUACGACGCCGACGACUACCCGGCGGGCAGCUCGGACGAGGAAAAGCGGCUCACGCGGCCGGCGUACAGCUACAUCGCGCUGAUCGCCAUGGCCAUCCAGCAGAGCCCGACGGGCAGGCUGACGCUGUCGGGCAUCUACGACUUCAUCGCGCGCCGGUUCCCGUACUACCGCGCCAACCAGCGCGCCUGGCAGAACUCCAUCCGCCACAACCUGUCCCUCAACAGCUGCUUCGUCAAGGUGCCGCGGACCGACGGCCACGAGAAGGGCAAGGGCAACUACUGGACCUUCGCCGGCGGCUGCGAGUCGCUGCUGGACCUUUUUGAGAACGGCAACUUCCGCCGGCGGCGGCGCCGGCGCGGCCCUAAGGGCGAGGAGGCGAGGGGGGCGCGCGGGAGAGAUGCGGCGGCGCCCCCGGGCCCCCCUGAGCCGGCCAGCGCACGGGGGACCCCAGUCCCCCGCUGCGAGCCCCUGACCCCAGCCAGCCCUGCCGUCCCGAGGAGCGCCGCGCACGGGGACAUCAAGUUCAGCAUUGACUACAUCCUCUCCGCCCCUGACCCCUCUCCCGGGGGCAGGCCACCCCACGUGCAAGAGGGCAGACACCCCGCGCUGGAGGCCCGCCAGGUGGACCUCGGCCUCUGGACCAUGUGAGAGGCGCUGAGGCGCCCCCCGUCCAGGGCUGGCACCUGGUCAGUCUGGACUCUUCACAGUGAUUUCAGUCCACCUGAACCAAAGAAGUGAGGUUCUGCCGAGCUCCACACAGUCCACAGACUCGCUCCACGCUGAAACCAGCCUGGGUUGGAGGGAAAGACGUGCCGGGCUGAAAGGCGCUCAUUUCCCUGUUGCCCCAUUACCCUUUCAGAUAAAACCCACCAGUUGGAGCCUGAGGGCUUAAGGGUUUGCUCUUGACUCACCCGGGGACCCUGCCUGAGGGCUAAGCGCUCACGGUCAGGGUCACGUUCACUCAGAGUCAAAGUCGCUUCCUGGACUGCUGCGGGCGAGUUGAGUGUUGCGUGGAGUUGGUGGGCAUUUUCUCUGGCUGAAAACAAUAAAAGCAAAGUGCAGACGGCCGA